AUGGCACCGAGGCGGCUCGCAUCCACGGCGCACGCGCGCCAGCCAUCGACGGAGGGGAGCCCCCUACCGCGGGCGUGGCAGAUAGCCUCGUCGCUGCAUGCCGAUGGCAGCCUAAGUGUCGUGCGGCAGGACGACGAGGCGAGCAACAGUGGCCUCCUCGACCUGGUGCCCACGCUCGGCAGCGCGUCGGGCCCCGGCAUGCAUACCCCCGUGCUUGGCGGUGACCAGGCACGUAUGCCGCCGCCCAUACUCGGCAAGCAGCGCCCCCGCAAAAUCUCGCGCAGCGAUGCGCCUUGGACGCGCGCGCGCGCGCGCGACUCGCUGAGCGAUGCGUCGACGGAAGCCUCUAAUGCGAGCGUCAUUGUGCACGAAGAGCCUGCCGAGAAGCCGCCCGCUAUUGUAGUGCCUCCCACGGAUGAUGCUGCGCCGUCGACGCUGCCUGCGCGUUUGCGCCGCUGGAUGCAUGAUGCGAUGAAGCAGCACAUGUACGAGACGGCCAUCUUCUGGGGCCAGCAGGUUGUGGCGCUCGAGCCCACGGAACUUGCGUACAAUGAUGCGUACUGGCUUGCUCAGGCUUACUUUUACACACACCAAUACGCGCGCGCUGAGCAUCUGCUCACAACGCCGCUGCGGUGCGGUGCGGUGCCGCUCGAUACGUCGGCGCCGGGCGCGACGCCCGUCGGCACGCAGGGCGAUGCGCUGCAGGCUGCGCUCGAAGCGACACGCGCCAACAGUGCGCUCCCGCCAGCGAUCCAGGCGCGCCGUGCGCGCGCUGGCACCUACACGAGCGUCACGGACGCGGCCGGCGGCGCACCGAGCGAAGCGCCCCCGGACGACGGCCCGCGGCGCCUCUCGCGGCGGCGCAAGCGCUCGCCCUCGCUGACGGACCCGUUCCAUGUGUCGGGCCCGGCGUGUCUGCCCAUCGAUACCGAAUUCUCGCGGGUCGUCGUGCCGCGCGAUACCGAAGCACAUGGGCCGUGCCUGGUGAACUGGAGCUCGCCGUGCCGCUACCUCGCGGCGCAGUGCCUCGUGCGCCUCGGGCGCUUCCACGAGGCGCUGGAGCUCACUGGCGAGGACCACACGCGCUGGACCGGGCGUGCGUCGGCCAAGACGCCCGCGCUCGAUGGCGGUCUGAAGCUCAGCUCGAGUGUGUGCCACUUGCGCGGCCAGAUCCACCUGCGGCUCGAGGAGCCGUGGAAGGCCAAGGAGGCAUUUAUGCUCGCGCUCGCGCUCGAUGUAAAAAACUACGACAGCUUCUCGGCGCUGCUGGACGGGUGCCUGCUGGGCGAGGACGAGCUGUGGGACUUUGUGCAGUCGCUCGAGUACGCGGCGCAGGCCGGCUCGGACGCCGACGCCCACGCGGACCUGGCGUAUGUGCGCCUCAUGUACACGGCGCGUCUUCCGAAGCGCGCUCAGGCGCACGCGGCGCAGGCCGCCGCCGCGCGCCAGCGCCUCGUCGAGCAGCACGCAGCACUACGCAUGAAUGCCGAGGUGCUGCUGAGCCUCGCCGAGGCGCUGUACCAGGCGAUGCGGUACGAGGACGCCCACGCUGUCACGAGCCACCUGCUCGCGCUCGACCCCGGCGCGAUGCUUGCGCUGCCCGUGCACAUUGCGUGCAUGCACUACCUGCCGCGCCUCCAUCCCGCCCUCUUCCUCCUCGCGCACAGACUCACCGAGACGCAUCCCGACAGCUGCGAGGCGUGGUACGCGGUCGGCACAUGGUACGCGUCCGCGCACCGCUGGAGCGAGGCGCGUCGCUACUUCAGCAAGGCAUCCCUCCUUGAUCCGCGCUUUGUCCCGUCCUGGAUUGCGUUUGGCCACAGUUUCGCGCUCGAGGGCGAGUCGGACCAGGCGAUCACGGCCUACUCCACAGCCGCCCGCAAGUUUCCCGACUCGGGCCUGCCGCGCCUGUUUCUAGGCAUGGAGCACCUCGCGCAGGGGAACCGCAGCCUCGCGCAGCUGUUCCUCCAGAGCGCCGAGGAGGAGCUUGGUCACGAUCCCCUGUGCGCGAACGAGCGCGGUGUGGCCCUCUUCCAAAGUGGGCGCGUCGACGAGGCCAUCGACUGCUUCCGCGCCGCGCUCGACGCGGCAGCGGAGACGCAGCAGCCCGCGGCCGCUUGGAGCGCCGUGCACUUGAAUCUCGGCCUUGCGUACCGCCGCGUGCAGCGCGACGACGAGGCGCGUGCCUGUUUCUUGCGCGUGCUCGACUACGAUCCGGCAUGUGCGUCAGCCUAUAUUGCGCUCGGCCUAUGUGCGCAUCGGCGCGGCGACUUGGCCGACGCGAUCGGCUGGUAUCAUGAAGGUCUCGGCGUCGAUCCCCGCGACCCCAUCGGCACCGAGCUCCUAAGUCUCGCCCUCGACGCGCGCGUCGCGCAGGGCCUGCCGCCGGCGCUGCAGCACGCGGUCGACGAUGAAGAUGCGUCAGUGAGCAUGUCCCUCUCAUAG